AUGGUAUUGGAACCUUUUGUAUUUAUUAUUAAAUCUGAAAAAGCACUGAAAUACAAAUGUACAUCUUCCGAUUUAUGUAAUAAUGAAACAGCUAUGAAAAGUCUAUUAGAUUCGUUGGUCUUCGAAGAAAGAUUUCCUGAAGAAUUUAAUACAUUAAUUCAAGGAGCCCCGUUCGAUAACUGUAGGCAUGCACCAAUUCCAAUUCGGUUCGGUUCCAAUUCUAGAAUUGGUCGGAAUUGAUUAGAAUUGGAAUUGGAAUUGGUUGGAAUUGGUUAGGAUUGGAAUUGG